UUAGUCACUUUUUAUAAUUGGACAUAGUUUUUCAAGAUUUUAGGUGUAAAUUAAAAGUAAUUAUUUUCAUUGAAUAUUUAGAAAAAAGGUUAACAUCGUUGAAUUUGAAAUGCACGGCUAAAUUAGGAUAAAAGCUCUUCUUUGUACUAAAAUAUUUAAGUCACUUUAUUAUACAACUUUCUAUAAAAGCUCAUUAAAUUAGGAUAAAAGCUCUUCUUUGUACUAAAACAUUUAAGUCACUUUAUUACACAACUUUCUAUAAAAGCUCAUUGAAAUAGGAUAAAAGCUUUUAAAGUUAUUUGUACUAAAAAGUUAAGGUGAAACAUAGAUGGCCCAAAGGAGUCGAAAAUAUGAACUGUGGUUGACUCGUCUAAAUUUUUAGUUUUGUAUUAGUAAAUGUCAAAUUACAUGAUCAGUAAAAUUUUACGUUCGAUCAAGUUUCGUAGAAUAGAUUCAGAUUACCAAAUCUGAUCGGCAAGUGAGCAGACAGUUAGUUUCGGUGAUAGUGCUUUCAAUUUUUUCAAUCUAAGUUAUUAAAAAUAGUUCCGGAUUUAUUUUAUCACUGGGAACGGAAACUCUGCGCAUCUGUGCAGUUCUAAAUCUGUACAAAAGCGUCCAACGGACGCUUUUUUGUACGGGCUUCAAGCCCGCAGCUACACACUCCGCCAUUUUGAACAUCCACACGACCACGUGGGACAUUUCCGAGGACGCUCGCUCAUCCAGGCCCGCCACAGAGCUGGCAGUCAAACGGGUGGAGAGGAUUGUCUGGCCUGCCCGCAUUCUGAGAGGAGUGAUCGGGUAGCGUACUUGGACCUGCCGAAACCCUUCCCCGCACCUUUAUUCCGGCCAUCAGUGAUUCGAGCUUCUUUUCCGAGCCGUCCCUCGAAGGAACGGGAUCCCGCCGGCCCCGGCGGCAAACCCUUGCUCCGCCGCUGCGCUCGCCAAGAACAUCGCACUCCGUCCGUGCACCCCUCGUCAGCUGACAGCAUAAGUUGAACCCUGCGCAGGUAUGUCCUCAUAAUCAUGGCCAUGAACACACUACACAACACACACUCACACACUCUCACACUGGAUGCUUAAAACGAAAAAAUGAAUUAAUACAUAAAAAUGAAUUCAAACUCAACAUAUUAUGCUUCGUUCAUUUCAUGAGUACUGAGCCCUGUGGUAAUGUAGUCCGCCCGGGUAUCGUCACACUCUACGUUUCACUUUACGUUCUCUUCGGACACGUUUUCGUUCCUUCGCUUUGAUGCGUUCACCUCAGUUAAUCGUUUCGCUAUACUUUGUGGCCAUCGCUUUACGUUUCAAACCACCUAGCAACCGUUCGCUGACCCUAGACAAGAUUGCGCUCAUGCUUACAUAGUUUAGUCGGGCAAAUUCGAAUAAAACGACCAGUGGUCUCUCGGAAUCGAGAGUGGCGCUUAAGCCACUGAGUUUGCGUCAAGCUUUAAUAGAAAUCGACGAACGGUUACAUUGGCGCCCAACGUGGGGUUAUGAAAAUUUGAUCAAUAUCUCAUUGAUCAAAUUUUCAUAAAAUUGCGUGGUGUGGUGUAACGCUUAGUCACUUUUUAUAAUUGGACAUAGUUUUUCAAGAUUUUAGGUGUAAAUUAAAAGUAAUUAUUUUCAUUGAAUAUUUAGAAAAAAGGUUAACAUCGUUGAAUUUGAAAUGCACGGCUAAAUUAGGAUAAAAGCUCUUCUUUGUACUAAAAUAUUUAAGUCACUUUAUUAUACAACUUUCUAUAAAAGCUCAUUAAAUUAGGAUAAAAGCUCUUCUUUGUACUAAAACAUUUAAGUCACUUUAUUACACAACUUUCUAUAAAAGCUCAUUGAAAUAGGAUAAAAGCUUUUAAAGUUAUUUGUACUAAAAAGUUAAGGUGAAACAUAGAUGGCCCAAAGGAGUCGAAAAUAUGAACUGUGGUUGACUCGUCUAAAUUUUUAGUUUUGUAUUAGUAAAUGUCAAAUUACAUGAUCAGUAAAAUUUUACGUUCGAUCAAGUUUCGUAGAAUAGAUUCAGAUUACCAAAUCUGAUCGGCAAGUGAGCAGACAGUUAGUUUCGGUGAUAGUGCUUUCAAUUUUUUCAAUCUAAGUUAUUAAAAAUAGUUCCGGAUUUAUUUUAUCACUGGGAACGGAAACUCUGCUCAUCUGUGCAGUUCUAAAUCUGUACAAAAGCGUCCAACGGACGCUUUUUUGUACGGGCUUCAAGCCCGCAGCUACACACUCCGCCAUUUUGAACAUCCACACGACCACGUGGGACAUUUCCGAGGACGCUCGCUCAUCCAGGCCCGCCACAGAGCUGGCAGUCAAACGGGUGGAGAGGAUUGUCUGGCCUGCCCGCAUUCUGAGAGGAGUGAUCGGGUAGCGUACUUGGACCUGCCGAAACCCUUCCCCGCACCUUUAUUCCGGCCAUCAGUGAUUCGAGCUUCUUUUCCGAGCCGUCCCUCGAAGGAACGGGAUCCCGCCGGCCCCGGCGGCAAACCCUUGCUCCGCCGCUGCGCUCGCCAAGAACAUCGCACUCCGUCCGUGCACCCCUCGUCAGCUGACAGCAUAAGUUGAACCCUGCGCAGGUAUGUCCUCAUAAUCAUGGCCAUGAACACACUACACAACACACACUCACACACUCUCACACUGGAUGCUUAAAACGAAAAAAUGAAUUAAUACAUAAAAAUGAAUUCAAACUCAACAUAUUAUGCUUCGUUCAUUUCAUGAGUACUGAGCCCUGUGGUAAUGUAGUCCGCCCGGGUAUCGUCACACUCUACGUUUCACUUUACGUUCUCUUCGGACACGUUUUCGUUCCUUCGCUUUGAUGCGUUCACCUCAGUUAAUCGUUUCGCUAUACUUUGUGGCCAUCGCUUUACGUUUCAAACCACCUAGCAACCGUUCGCUGACCCUAGACAAGAUUGCGCUCAUGCUUACAUAGUUUAGUCGGGCAAAUUCGAAUAAAACGACCAGUGGUCUCUCGGAAUCGAGAGUGGCGCUUAAGCCACUGAGUUUGCGUCAAGCUUUAAUAGAAAUCGACGAACGGUUACAUUGGCGCCCAACGCAAAAAAAAUUGGUCCAAUUGCUACAGCUUAGAUUGAAAUUUGAGACGUGUUAUCCACGAAAGUUUAUUGUAUUUUUUUUUUUUUUGAUUCAAUUUUUUACAGUUGAUUGUAUAGUACAACAACCAAUACCGAUAUUCUCUUUAUUACUUUAUUUUGUUUCCUUAGGUUAAUGUUUUAUUUAGAUUUUUUUUGUUUUUUUUUUUCUUAAGUUAGGGUUAAUGACUUGAAUUGAUUAAAAAGUGAAAACUAAAGCAACGGUUAAAGAAACAGAAUUUUAUUUAAUUGGGUUAGAUAAUAUUAAAGUGAACUUUAGAGGGAAUAGUAUUGUGGAUUGAAUUUUUUUUGUAGAUAUUUUGUUAGUGAUUAGAUGCUAUUGUUUAAAUAAGAAUAUUUUCAGUGAGUUUCGUAUAUUUUAUUGGGUUAUUGACUACAUUAUUUCUAUUAUAUUCCUUUUAAUUGUUUUUUUUUCUUUUUCUUUUUUUCAUUAUUUUUUAUUUUUUUUUUUUGAACUUACAAAACGGAAUCUAUUUUCUUUUUCAUUUGUUUGUAAUAAUAUAUAGAGAAUUAGAACUUUCAAAAUUGUUUGAAAAUCAAUUGAAAUUAUUAGUUAUUUUUUGUAAGUAAAACUAAAAGAUUCAGAAAAAUGGUUAGAUUUUAUAUCCUUCCGAAUGCUGAUCAUCUGCAAGAAGAUGAGCUUAAUUUUGAAAUAGCUAUAAGGGGAAUUGAAAUUGAAAUCGAUGCUAAAUUGGAAGACAAAAGGAGAGCCUUAAGAUGUGCUUAUAAAACAGAGAGAAAGGAGCCUAAACUUUUUAUCACGAACUUGCCAAUUGUAGAAGAAGUUGAAACUCUUGGUGGUACACUCAAGUUAUUGAAACAAACGUUGCGAAAAGAGUUUGAUUACACUAUUGUUUCUAGACUGAGACAUUAUUUGAUUAGGUUUUCAUCAGCAGGAACAAAAAAUGAAGAUGAGGAAAAAUUGAAAGACGAACAGUGCAAAAAGAUAGAAGAAUUUUUACGCGCUUACCGUCAAAGAGUGACGUAUGAUCCGGACCAACCGAAUGAGGAGACAGAUUUAGAUGUAGGAGCUGGAGCCAAGGCGCUCAAAGAGUCUUGGAGAAAUCCAGACCCUGCAGCUACUUUUCAAAAGAAAAAACAAGGAAGUAGUAGAACAGGAACGUUUCCUAAGAAUAAGAUACUAGAUGACGAUAGAGAAACCGAAUCAGAUAAGAAAAUUGUUUCGACAAAGCCGGAAGGAAAUGAAACAAAAGAUAAUAAACAAAAACGCGAAUUCAGGCCGUCAAAGGAAGCACAAAAAGAGAGGAGAACAAGUGAUUUUAAGGAGCCAGGGUACGAGUAUGACCAGUUUAGGAAAAGACAAAAUAACCGUCAUCAGAACAAUCCAUCUUUUUCCUCGUCCGACUCUGAUACGGAUGAGAAUGAUUCGGUAGGCAAAGAAAAGAGGAAAUUUGAAAACAGAUCUCACAACAAAUCCAGAGGUAGGACGAUUUCGAGUUCGAUUAGCGAAAGUAGUACAGAUCAUGAAGAGGAAAGAAGACGGCACAGAGACAGAUACUCUCACCGUUCACCACCCUCCCUCAGACGUAGUAGAAGUUAUAGAGAUGAUUAUUUUAGGAAUUCCAGAUCAAGGGUAGAAAGCUGGGAUAUUGUUUUUAGCGGGGAUACCAGAUCAAUUCAGGUGGAAGACUUCUUAAACCGAGUAAAAAAAUUAGCGAAACACGAGAGAGUGGGAAAGGAAGAACUUUUGGAUAAAAUUCACUACAAGUUAAAGGGGGAAGCAAGUGACUGGUGGUUCACCAGAGAAAGUUAUUGUACUACCUGGGAAAAGUUCGAAAGCGAAAUUCGGUUUAGGUUUGGCAACCCGAACCGAGAUAGGGGAAUUCGUAGUCAGUUGAGAGAAUUGAGACAAAGAAGAGGAGAAACUUUUGUAGCUUUUGUUACAGAAGUAGAAAAAUUAAAUCAAUGCUUGAAAAGACCCCAUUCUUCAAGAACUAUUUUUGAGAUCGUAUGGGAGAACAUGCGUCCCCACUAUAGAUCGAAAUUAGCCACUACACGAGUUCACAAUUUAGAACGCUUAUUGGAACUCAACCAUAGGAUCGAUGCGAACGAUCCUGGCUUGUAUCGCACUGGGCAUGCCAUGCGUAAUGAAGUGCAUCAUAUAGAUGCACAGAGCAACUCUGACAGUGAAUACUCGUCAUCAGAAGAGUAUGUAGUUAACGCGCUUCAGAGGAAAUUGAAAAUUUCAAAAGAUACUCAAAAACUGAACUCUUCAGACAAAACCACCUUUUCACCGAUGGCAGAACAAGCUACAUUGAAAUGCUGGAAUUGUCAGAAGGCGGGCCAUCAUUGGAGGGCAUGUAAAGAAAGAAAGUUGAUUUUUUGUUACGCCUGUGGGAAUAUCGGCCGCACUACUAGAACAUGUGAACGAAAUCAUCCUCAGGUCGACCCUCAGCAACAACAGCAAUCGUUAAACUAAAUGCGAGAUGCGGAGACGGGAACUCAUUCAUCUCGCAAACAGUGGUUCCCAAACUAGAGAGCUCUAAAUUAUUUCAAAGAUACCACGAGACUAUGCAUAUUAAGGUCAACCCCAACGUAUGUCCGAGAAUACGAGUCUCUAUUUUAGACACUGAGGUUAUUGCACUUCUCGACUCGGGCGCUAGUAUAAGUGUACUGAACUCGACAAAAAUCCUAAAAAAACAUGAUUUGAAACUUUUUGAUGCUAAUGUCGUUGUGAGCACUGCAGACGACACAGCACACGAAUGUCUUGGGUACGCGAAUGUGCCUUACACAUUCGCGGGAAUUACAAAGGUAAUUCCAACCAUAAUUGUCCCACAAUUGUCUAAGCCCUUAAUUUUAGGGAUGGACUUCUGGAAUGCGUUCGAGAUACGCCCAAUGAUGAAGUUCGAUGACCAAAUCACUGACGUUGAUCUAUUGGAUACAAACGGACAACCGAUAAUGAAUUUUAUUUCGUCGAAUCACGAUUUUCAAAACGAUUCUUCUAGCAUUGAACCCGAGAUUUGUUUGACAAUAUGUUCUCUAGAACUUACCGACAAAGAGAACCGACUAACUUACAAAGCUCAACCUGAACUUGAUGAGUCUUUGGAUGUACCGUCACUUGAACUACCUUGUAAUCCUGAGGAAAAUAUUGAUACAAUUGAAACUGAACACGACCUUACAGACCUCGAAAGGAAGCAGCUUACGGAAGCAUUGAAAUGUUUUGAAUUAACCAGCGAAAACAAAUUAGGGAGAACCAAUUUGAUUGAGCAUGAAAUAGAGAUUAUAGAGGGGGCCAAGAUGCGAGAUUUACCUAUGUAUAGGUACUCACCAAGCGUAUGGGACAGCAUCGAAAAGGAGCUUGAACGUUAUGAGAGAUUAGACGUUAUAGAAGAAUGUACUAGUGAAUAUGCUAGCCCGUUAGUGCCUGUCAAGAAAUCAAACGGUAAAAUUCGGGUUUGCUUGGAUUCGCGGAAAAUUAAUUCGAUUACCAAAAAAGACGCGUACCCCAUGCGUAAUAUGAAUGAGAUAUUUCAUAGGUUACAAAAAGCUAGAUAUUUUAGCAUCAUCGACUUGAAAGAUGCUUAUUUUCAAGUCCCAUUGAAGGAAAGCUCAAGGAACUUUACCGCCUUCCGGACCCCUAAGGGCCUAUUUCGCUUCAAAGUGGUUCCAUUCGGCCUAAAGAACGCUCCAUUCACGAUGAGCAGGUUGAUGAAUAGAGCAAUAGGUUUUGAUCUUGAACCAUAUGUUUUCAUCUACUUGGAUGAUAUCGUGAUAGCCACCGAGUCCUUAGACGAGCACUUUCGUCUUCUAAAAGAGGUGGCUAAACGACUUACAAAAGCAGGGCUUACUAUUUCGGUGGAAAAAAGCCGUUUUUGUAGGCGGCAAGUUAAAUACCUGGGCUACCUAUUAACGGAAAAUGGUUUGGCUAUUGACAGUUCAAAGUUAGAACCAAUAUUGAAUUACCCGCGCCCUAAGUCCAUAAGGGACAUCCGUCGACUUAUGGGGUUGAUGGGGUUUUACCAAAAAUUUAUAAAAAAUUACAGCCACAUCACUACACCGAUCACAGACCUCCUCAAGAAAUCAAAAAAAUUUAAAUGGAAUGAAGAAGCUGAACGUGCCCUUGAUGAGUUAAAAUCGGUUCUAACUUCGUCUCCCGUGCUGGCUAACCCUCGUUAUGACAUCCCCUUCAUAAUUGAAACCGAUGCAUCGCAACUUGCUGUAGGGGCAGCACUUUUACAAGAGCACCCUGAAGGGAAAAGAAUAGUAGCAUACUAUAGUAAGAAACUUACCAGUACGCAACGCAAAUAUGCAGCGACUGAAAAAGAAUGUCUGGCAGUAUUAUUGGCGGUAGAAAACUUUCGUCAUUACGUGGAAGGCACCACCUUUACGGUUAUAACGGACGCAAAAAGCAUAACGUGGCUCUUCACGAUUACAGCAGCCAACGGAAAUUCGAGGCUUCUCCGUUGGGCCUUAAAACUUCAGUCCUUCGAUUUCAAUAUCCAAUACAGGAAAGGUAGAGACAAUGUCCUAGCAGAUUGCUUAUCGAGGAUUGAGUCAAUUGAAACGGUAGAUAGAGAUUAUGAAGAGUUGAAGGAAAGAAUCUUGAAAGAUCCAUCACUGUAUACUGAGUUCAAAAUCAUAGGUGGGAAAAUAUUCAAAUUUGUUCAAGAUAGCUCCAAAAUAGAAGACAGAAGGUUUUUAUGGAAAUACUAUCCCCCAAAACAGGAUAGACUUCAAAUUUUACAAACUGUCCAUGAGCCAGCUCAUUUGGGGUAUGAUAAAACGAUUGCAAGUAUUAAGGAAAAAUUCUUUUGGCCAAGAAUGUGCCUCGACACCAAACAGUUUUGUAAAGCAUGUCUACCUUGCAAGACGUCCAAAAGCACCAACAUUAACAGUACCCCACCCAUGGGUUCUCAAAAACAAAACUGUGACUAUCCUUGGCAGUUCCUGACCCUAGAUUACCUGGGACCGUUUCCUCCAUCAGGUAGAUCCCAAAGCACUUGUUUGCUAGUGGUCACGGAUAUUUUUACAAAGUUUAUUUUAGUUCAACCUUUUAAACAGGCAACGGCCUGCUCCUUGGUGAAAUUUCUUGAGCAGUCGAUCUUUUUACUAUUCGGAGUACCACAGACGGUAUUGACGGAUAAUGGCAGCCAAUUUACGUCAAAAUUGUUCAAGGAUCUGUGUACGCACUAUGGAAUAACCCAUUGGCUCACUCCAUCCUACCACCCUCAAGUCAACAAUUCAGAAAGGGUGAAUAGGGUGAUUACGGCUGCAAUUAGGGCCACAAUUAAGGGCAACCACAAAACAUGGGCAGAUAACAUCCAUAGCAUUGCAAAUGCAAUAAGGAACUCUACCCACGAAUCAACUAAACAUACGCCGUACUUCCUAACGUUCGGGCGAAAUAUAAUAUCUGAUGGUCGGGAGUACGAAAUUCUCAAUGAAACGGGCGAAAAUCAACACACGAUCUCGUCCAAAGAAAGGGAAACAUUAUAUGCACAGGUACGAAAGAAUCUAAAUGAAGCGUACUGCAAACAGGCUAAAUAUUAUAACUUACGAUCGAAUGCAAAAGCACCAAAAUAUGUAGUGGGUGAAAAAGUACUCAAAAAAAGCACCUUCCUUUCCGACAAGGGAAAAGAUUUCUGCGCCAAACUGGCACCAAGAUACACAGCAGCAACAGUGACGAAAGUCCUUGGUGACAGUUAUGAGUUGACCAACGAGCUAGGCAAACGAUUGGGAAUCUUCCACGCAACAUUUUUGAAAAAGUUGUAGAAACUAUGAAGGGGAUUAGGCUAUGAAACUCUCGAAGAGAUUUACCAUAGGUGACACUUCCCUAACAAAACACGUAGUCAGGUUUCAGUAAACGGCAUAUAGGUAGUUAUCCAUCAUAUAUUUGUAAACAAACUUCACUUGUAUAUAGAAAAUACCACUUUAGAUUCUUGUGAUACGGCAAGUUCACUUUCACUUUGAAAUAUUCUGUAGCAUAAAGUAGCAUAAAGUAGCAUAAAAUUCAUUUUGAUUGGCAGGUCGAUAGAGAUGUGUGCGUGAGUUUGGACUAAGGUGCUUCGGCGAACGAUGCUUCCGUUUUUCAUCAUGCAAGAGUCUAUCGAGUUUUUUUUAAUGCACAUAGUUUUGUUACCUAAAAAUAGAGAUAGAAAUUUAAGUAAACUGAUGAAGAUUCACCUUUAGAUGUACUCUCCGUUAUUGAUUCUUGCAAAUUCAAUCCAAUUCUCCGCAAAUAUCAGUUUUCUGCCUCCACGUUUAAUAUUAGUUAGCUUGCUUCUCUACGGACACAGUUUGACAGUUCCCGCUCAAGUUAGUUCAUUAAAGUUCAUCGCUCCGUCAAUUGUGACACAGGGUUGAUCUCGAAGUUGUCGGGUUGCCGUGCGAUGUUUUUGUUUAGUACAGAUAAUCUGUCAAUAAAUAACGAUAUGUAUGGAUUUCAUAACACUCUUUACAUAUGUUUGUCAACAGAUGGUUGAUGAGGGAAAUGUUGUGAAUCUUUACGUUCCGUUUGAACGCAAAAAAUCAGUAGUUUAGUCAAUAUUUAAAGUUGAUGCAUAUGAUUUUGAGCGAAGGUGUUCAGUUUUUCAUCAGGUAGUCGAAUAGAUUCGAUGUAACAGAAAAACGUUUACGUUACAAAAAUUUUACGUUUUGGAAGUUCUACAAAUCAGUUGAGAAUCGAAAAUCAAUGAUGUAGAAAACAUAAUUCUCGGACCCGAUGUAUGAGAUCAAACAAGUGGAUACAAUGACGGUGUAUGUCAAUUUACAGUAGUAGCAAUUGGAUACAACAUUAGCAUUAUACAGAUUGAUAAUUUAAAUAAAUUAAAGUAUUGUUUCAGGUUAUGAAAAUUUGAUCAAUAUCUCAUUGAUCAAAUUUUCAUAAAAUUGCGUGGUGUGGUGUAACGCUUAGUCACUUUUUAUAAUUGGACAUAGUUUUUCAAGAUUUUAGGUGUAAAUUAAAAGUAAUUAUUUUCAUUGAAUAUUUAGAAAAAAGGUUAACAUCGUUGAAUUUGAAAUGCACGGCUAAAUUAGGAUAAAAGCUCUUCUUUGUACUAAAAUAUUUAAGUCACUUUAUUAUACAACUUUCUAUAAAAGCUCAUUAAAUUAGGAUAAAAGCUCUUCUUUGUACUAAAACAUUUAAGUCACUUUAUUACACAACUUUCUAUAAAAGCUCAUUGAAAUAGGAUAAAAGCUUUUAAAGUUAUUUGUACUAAAAAGUUAAGGUGAAACAUAGAUGGCCCAAAGGAGUCGAAAAUAUGAACUGUGGUUGACUCGUCUAAAUUUUUAGUUUUGUAUUAGUAAAUGUCAAAUUACAUGAUCAGUAAAAUUUUACGUUCGAUCAAGUUUCGUAGAAUAGAUUCAGAUUACCAAAUCUGAUCGGCAAGUGAGCAGACAGUUAGUUUCGGUGAUAGUGCUUUCAAUUUUUUCAAUCUAAGUUAUUAAAAAUAGUUCCGGAUUUAUUUUAUCACUGGGAACGGAAACUCUGCUCAUCUGUGCAGUUCUAAAUCUGUACAAAAGCGUCCAACGGACGCUUUUUUGUACGGGCUUCAAGCCCGCAGCUACACACUCCGCCAUUUUGAACAUCCACACGACCACGUGGGACAUUUCCGAGGACGCUCGCUCAUCCAGGCCCGCCACAGAGCUGGCAGUCAAACGGGUGGAGAGGAUUGUCUGGCCUGCCCGCAUUCUGAGAGGAGUGAUCGGGUAGCGUACUUGGACCUGCCGAAACCCUUCCCCGCACCUUUAUUCCGGCCAUCAGUGAUUCGAGCUUCUUUUCCGAGCCGUCCCUCGAAGGAACGGGAUCCCGCCGGCCCCGGCGGCAAACCCUUGCUCCGCCGCUGCGCUCGCCAAGAACAUCGCACUCCGUCCGUGCACCCCUCGUCAGCUGACAGCAUAAGUUGAACCCUGCGCAGGUAUGUCCUCAUAAUCAUGGCCAUGAACACACUACACAACACACACUCACACACUCUCACACUGGAUGCUUAAAACGAAAAAAUGAAUUAAUACAUAAAAAUGAAUUCAAACUCAACA